AAGGCAACCCUCCAAACCACAACAUCUCCCAUAUGACUAUUCGUAAUGAAUAACCUGUUCAACCUGGCUAUAAGAACAGGUGCUAAAGUGCAUGAAUAAAACAUGAGGCACUAAUAUGUUUGGUGUGCUGUUAGGACUGCUGUCCCUGAUGUUUUCAAGGUCAGAAUGACACUCUGGAGGUGUGUGUAGUGUGUUGCUGUUGUAAAGUGUUUGUUCGUGACUUGCUUUUUCAUUUAAGGCACCAGGUCCUGCGGGUAAGUGCCAGAGCUGUCGUAAUGCUCAUACUGAUGCCUCGAGAGAAAUGAGAUGUGUUUCAGUCUCUGAUGUUGUGGAGAGGUGUAAGGAUAACCAAACCGUGCGUCCUGCUCAUGUUGCAUCGAACAAAUAGUCGAUUGACAUAUUGAGUAUAGUGGAAAAUUAAACAUUACUAUCGUGAUUGAGUUUUUCUUCCUAAUAUAUUUGAGCGGAGACAACAUCUACAGGAGACAACAUCUGCAUCGUGGAAAUUUAGUACAGAUUUUGGAUACUGUUGCGCUCUCUGUGAUCUUUCAAAAGUCAUCUUGACUUUUCUUUUCAACUAAAACAGCAGCAGUUUCCCGAGAGUGACAGCGCACUUUGGAUUAAGGACUUAAACACUUGGGAGUGAUGGCGGCGUCGGCACCCUCCUCCACCUCCUCCUGUGGCGGUGAUCCAGACCCCAACUCGACAAAUUUACGGCCACCCUCCUCAAACUAUGACUGGAGUGGAGUAGCACAUGGCUGUACGAGAAAGCUUGGAAUGAAGAUAUGCGGAUUCUUGCAGAAGAACAAUAAUGCUGACGAUAAGAGUCGAAUUGUCGGCUUUUUUAACGAUCAGCAGACAUCCAAGAGCCUUUUCACCCAGGACAAUGAGCGAGAGUCUCGCUACAGACGCACAGAGGCAGACUUCUCCAAUCUAUACGCAAGAGAUCUGCUUCCUUCUAAAAAUGGAGAGGAGUAUACAAUCCAGUUUCUUUUGGAGGUUGUGGAAAUCCUGACUAACUAUGUGCGGAAGACCUUCGACAGAUCCACCAAAGUGCUGGAUUUUCAUCAUCCCCAUCAGCUGCUGGAGGGAAUGGAGGGAUUUAACUUAGAGCUGUGUGAUCAGCCAGAGAGCCUGGAGCAGAUCCUGGUGGACUGCAGAGAUACACUUAAAUAUGGAGUUCGGACAGGUCACCCCAGGUUUUUUAACCAGCUGUCUACAGGUCUAGACAUCAUAGGUUUAGCUGGAGAGUGGCUAACCUCUACAGCCAAUACAAACAUGUUCACAUAUGAAAUUGCACCAGUGUUCGUUCUAAUGGAGCAACUAACCCUGAUGAAGAUGCGAGAGAUUAUCGGCUGGCCAAAUGGAGAGGGAGAUGGGAUAUUUUCUCCAGGAGGAGCGAUCUCAAACAUGUAUAGCGUGAUGGUGGCGCGGUACAAGCAUUACCCUGAAGUUAAAAUCAAAGGCAUGGCUGCGGUUCCCAGGCUGGUGCUCUUCACCUCAGAACAUAGUCACUACUCUAUAAAGAAGGCGAGUGCAGCGCUGGGAUUUGGUACAGAGAAUCUGAUCUUACUGAACACAGACGAGAGAGGUAGAGUCAUACCGGCUGACCUGGAGGCAAAGGUCAUCGAUGCCAAGCAGAAGGGAUUUGUGCCGCUGUUUGUGAAUGCAACAGCUGGAUCGACUGUUUAUGGCGCCUUUGAUCCAAUCCAUGAGAUCGCUGACAUCUGUGAGAAAUACAACAUGUGGCUCCAUGUAGAUGGAGCAUGGGGUGGAGGUCUGCUGAUGUCCAAAAAACACAGACACAAAUUAAAUGGCAUCGAGAGAGCCAAUUCUGUCACAUGGAACCCUCACAAGAUGAUGGGUGUUCCACUACAGUGCUCCGCCAUUCUGGUCCGCGAGAAGGGUCUUCUACAGGGUUGCAACUCCAUGUGUGCUGGAUAUCUCUUUCAGCCGGAUAAACAGUAUGAUGUCACGUAUGACACGGGGGAUAAGGCCAUACAGUGUGGUCGCCACGUCGACAUCUUUAAAUUCUGGCUCAUGUGGAAGUCAAAGGGCACCAUUGGUUUUGAGAAGCACAUAGACAGAUGUCUGGAGUUAUCUGAGUAUCUUUACCACAAGAUAAAAAACCGUGAAGGAUAUGAGAUGGUGUUUCAAGGGGAGCCCCAGCACACCAAUGUGUGUUUCUGGUACAUUCCUCCAAGCCUGCGGGGUCUGCCGGACGGACAGGAGAAAAGACAAAGACUCCACAAGGUUGCCCCUAAGAUCAAGGCCAUGAUGAUGGAGUGUGGGACAACCAUGGUGGGCUACCAGCCUCAGGGUAAUAAGGUCAACUUCUUCCGAAUGGUUGUGUCCAAUCCAGCUGCUACCAGGUCAGAUAUCGACUUCCUCAUCGAUGAAAUAGAAAGACUGGGUCAGGAUUUAUAAGAGGGCCUGUGGGGUGAAUAAGGAGAGGACAUUUUGGAGUACUGUAUGUGCUGGACGAUCCCGAGUACUAGACCGGUGGAGGGUUCUAGAGUAAUGAAGCACUAGAAGGUUCCACCAGGGUCACAAUCUAGACUGACAUUCCAGAAUGAAGAGGUGGUGAACUCCUUGAUAAUUUCAUACUGAAGAACAAUAUAUCGUGACAACAAAUGUCUAAUCCAUCCUGUCAUCUGCCUGAUACAUACUGGAAACAUUGUGCUCACUAUGCUAUACAACUAAAUAUUUCAGUCAUGUUUCAGGAUCAAUACAAGUUAAUCUCUAUGAAUCACAUCUGUAGCCUGGUUUCCAUUAAAGAUUUGCACAAACACACAUUUUUUAAAUGUCAAUAAAAAUUUCAAUUAACUUCCAUUAACCCAUGUUGUGCGACAAAAACGCAAUGUUUUCCUCUCGUUAUAAGUCAUUCCAAAAAUCAUGGUGACGGAUGGUAGGUUUAUGUACAGUUUAUCACAGACACUAGAGGUCUUCACAGGUUCACUUAGUUCUAAAACCCAGAGGUCCGGCCUGAGACCCGAGAGGAUUUGGGUCUAAAAGUUUUUAUGUGUGCCUCGGACAUGGGUCGUGUAUAUUAGCGGCCUCAGGUCAUUUAAAAUGAAUGUGUUUUUGCCAAACAGAACCUAGAAUCGGCCAAACUAUCUUGUGUGUGCGCAUCGGGUCCUUUUCCAACUGCCCCUGUUUACCAAGAGUACUUGCAACAUGUGGCUGGCGCAUUGACUGUAAAAAAAUAUGGACUUAGUGUCCCUGACGUCACCCAUUGGUUUGUGAAGAUCGAAGCUUAAAGUAGGCGUUGCCUGCUGUCGCCAUCAUGCCACUCAAGUGGCCUUCGCACGUCACCGCGAAACACUCGCCAAAAAACGAAAAUGGGUAAAGAGGCGGGACAUGGGUGAAGCUGAGGUGGCUGGUUGCUGAAACCACACACGCCUAGCUCAAUUCUAGUGACAGCAGUUGCCAUUGACCCAUCACUCAAGUGGCCACGCCCUUAAUUAUGCAGAAUUUUAAGGUUUAAUAUAAUUGAAACGGAUGAGUUACAAAAAAUUCACCCCCCUCACAGUUGUCAUUAAGGGCAAAAUUAGCUAUACAGACCAAAAGCACUUUUUGUACCAGGCUGUAAACAUAUUAUUUGGUUGGGCAUUUUUAACAUGGUGGUCUAUGGGAAUUGAUUCCCUUUUCUUUACGAUUUCGUUCAGCGGACCAAAUUGGUUGUGAGGCCACCGAAGUUUCUUUCUGUCUUACUGGUGCAUGUGGAGCUGCAGACUGCACACACAUUGGUGAUGUUUAGAUUUGGGUCCAAUUGGGUUAAAAAAAUGCCACUGGGUAUGUUUGGACUUGGGUCUAAUUUUCUUGUUUGGGUCAGAUCUUUUAAAAAAAAAGAUUUUGCACAUCGAGUUCAGGUAAAAAGUGAUUUGGGUCAUAUUGGGUCAGGUACAUUUCUUUGGACCAGAGCUGACCUCUAACAGCCACAACCCAGCAAGCAAUUUUGCAUUUAAAGGGUUGAAAUUUUAUUGAUGUCUAACCAUAGCCCAAAAAUAAAUAAAGUUAAAUAAUAUAAAUACAUUUAAAAACCCUGUUAUCACUGUUGACUUUGCUUACAUAAUAUAAUAUCUCACAAGUUUUUUUUUUUUGCUGUUGUUGUUGCAAAAACGACAUUCAAGUUUAUUUUGGCUAGAAGUGGGCUACCCUUAGCUGGACUACACCGGGUUAACCAAGAUGGAGAAAUGAUAACUAUUGCUUGCUGGGCUUAUUCGUUUUUAAAUUCAAUAAAAGACGCAGGCGUGUUAUCUAAAUAUUAAUUUCAAAGAGGGGUUUACAUUUGGAAGUGGCCUCAGAGAGGUUAUAGUACAAGAAUUUGCAUGAAUGAUCAUGUGAAAUUUACACACAUCAGUGGUUCUUUGCUCGUAAUCAUAGCAGAACCGUUUUAGUGCCAUAUAGCACCGGUGAAGCACCAGUGAAGAACCACAUAGUGCCAUGUAGAACCAUAUUUGAUGCUAUAGUGGUGCUAUAUGGCCCCCAUAUGGUUCUACAUAGGUGCUUCACCGGUGCUAUAUGGCACUAAAAACAGUUCUCUUAUGAUUACGAGCAAAGAACCACUUUUGGUGCUAUAUAGCAUCGUUUUUAAAUUAAACUGUUUGCAUUACAUUUUUGCGAUAUAGGUUAUUUAUUUUUUUAAUUGUUAGAAAAACCACCUCAUGUGAGCAUGAAAACUUUUUUGUUUUCAUUGGACAUAUUUUCAAUUCACAAUUUCAAUUUGCACAAUUUAAAGGGUAAUGGAAACGUAACUUGUGACAUGCUGUCGUGUUUACGUUCACAGUGGUGGAUCGUCACACUGAUGUUUUGUGUUAAUAGAGCUUAACUUGUUUUGAACAGAACAUUUCCUUUAAAAUCCAUAAUAUGUCUGAAAAGUAAAUAAAAAUCAAAGGAGUUAUACUGUAAAAUAUCUAAUAACCAUCUGGACAUAGUGGUGUCCAUGUUAUUGCACAGUCAAAUACAUAGUUUCUUAGCUGUUAUGUAAUAUAGGACUGAUUACUGUAUGUACUGUCAUUGGACUAAGACACCGAUUUUUAAAAUGUAUAAACUUUGCGUAAAUUGUGAUUGUUUGUGACAAACAUCUAUCACAUAGUUUUACAGUAGACAUGUUUGAAUAGUGCUAAAGAUUAUCUAGAGCUACUUUGACAGAAUAACUGUGUGAAAGAUGUUAAUCUAUUUGUACCUGUGAGUAGCUUUAUUUGUAUACGAGAGACAAUAUUUAUAUUGUUUAAAUGUCUUAGAUAUUUUCAUUUAUUUAUUAACCAAAGACAUGGUGAAAUGACAUUUAGUUACAAAUCUGCACAUCUGGCAAAGUAAUAAAGAAAAACAUAGACUUUAUGUGUAAUAUCAAUAUAACAAAGCUUUUAUUAACCAUACUGCCAUGCAAUGAAUGUUGUAGCUGACAUCUGGUUCCUGAUGGUCACAGAAUGUAAUAUUAAAACUGCAAAAAAGACAUCAUUCAACAAAAAGAAUGAGAAUGUUAACAGUAAAUAAAUGAUGUAAAAAAGCUUUUAUGGUGAUGAAACUUGAGAAAGAGGUUUUUAUUAGUGGAUGUAGAUGAGUAGAUUGAGUUAAUGUCUAAUACAGUGACCAGUUCCUGAAGCAACAAACUUUAGGAAACUGUGCUAAUAGUUUGUAUAUGCAAUGUUUAUUUAACGCUGCCCUGUAGAUGCAAUGCUAAAAACACUGUAUUUUAACUUACAGUACAGUCACAGCCUGUUUAAGUGCAAUAUUGCUGUUCACUGUGUCCAUUACAAAUAAACAUCAAACUUUACACAU